AACCGACUACUAUUCCUUCUUCCCUUUAACCAAAUUGCCGCUAGAUUUAUUUUUUAUUUUAUUUAUUUCUGAUUUCAUGAUCACUCUCUAUAAAAGCUGCCAAAUCUAGUGUGUGGGCUUAUUCUGGCACAGAAUGCCCUUUCUUGGACUGGAUUUUGCUGAAUCCUUUGCUCUUGAUUGACUGAGCACGGAAAAAAAGAGGAUGGCAGGAGAAGGAACAACAUCUGCAAGUGACGAUCAUCUCAAUGAAAUCAAUGAACUCGCAAUUUCAAUAGACGGGAGAUUUGAGGGACUAUCACUGCCAUCCGACUGUUGCAUCUUCACUGUUCCGAAGAGGCUCCGACAAACAAAUGAAAAGGCCUACACGCCCCGCGUCGUUGCGAUUGGGCCUUAUCACCGUCUCAAUCCAAGCCUCAAGCCGAUGGAAGAUCACAAGCUGCUUUACUUGAAGAACUUCCUCCAGCAUGACCAGAAUAACAGUCUCGAGGACUACAUUGACAAGGUCAAGUCCUGGGAGGAUGAGGCCCGGAACUGCUACGAUAGGCAGAUCAAACUCAACUCCGACAAGUUCGCCGAGAUGAUCCUCCUCGACGACAUCUUCGUGAUCCAGCUCUUACUGAUGCAUGGGGAAUGGCGGGAAAUGCUGCCCAAUGACCAGAUCUUCGGCAAGCCGUGGAUGUUGACUGAUAUCUCCGAGGACAUGGCACUGCUGGAGAACCAGAUUCCAUUUUUCAUCAUCCAUCGGCUGUUUGAAAUGGCGUUUGGAACGCACCAGCAGCUUAUGUCCCAGCUGCUUGAACUCGUGUGCCUGUUCUUCGACCUGGUUACGAGGGAGGAGAAGUUGCCGGAGGGGGUGAUGGAGUCGGAGGUGAAGCACUUUGUCCACGCGAUCAGCCUCUCGUUCUGGCCGCUGGAGAGGAAGCAGCGCCGCAAAUGAGAACCAUAAAAGAAAAUGCUCCCCGAGUGCGACGGAGCUGGUGGCGUCCGGAGUGACGCUGAAAAGAUGUGAGAGCGAGUGCUUGUUCAAUAUCAAAUUUGAGAGCGGAGUGCUCAACAUCCCGUAUCUGGUUCUUAUGGACUCGACGGAAAAAACAUUUCGGAAUAUUAUCGCCUUUGAGCAAUGUUACUGCACAAAGCAGCAUCUGACUAACUACAUGGUUUUCAUGCAUCAUCUGGUUGAUACCCCAGGCGAUGCAAGCUUACUGAUCGACGAGAGAAUCAUCGAGAAUUGGCUCAGCAAUAAGGAAGCUGCCAUGCGGGUAAUCAACAACUUCGGCGAGGGAAAUAUAAUUUUACCCAGUUACAACUUCAACAGCCUUGGCCAAGAGCUCACCAACCAUUGCCGAAAGCGUCAAAACAAGUGGAAGGCGACGUUCAAUCGUGACUACUGCAGUAGCCCGUGGGUGGCCAUCUCGGUUAUCGCUGCAGUGCUGUUGCUUUUACUGACCAUAGUACAGACUGUGUGCUCACUCAUCUCUCUCAAAAACCAUCCUUCUUAAAUGGUAAAUUGCCACUGUAAUUCUCUAAAUUUCUAUUGAAUAAUGUGUGAUCAGCGGUCACUUCCUAUUUGAAUCAGCAGAACAUCGAUUAAUAUAUGUUAGGGAGGGCGCUCGCUUUUCCCCAUUCAAUA